ACUAUAGCAUAUGGAGUAUGUCAUACAUAGGAUAUUGUGAUUUUAUGUUUGUGUUAUCUCUAUUGCUGAAAUGGUAGCUACUACUCCUGCUGCUCUCCACUUUCUUCCCCCAAACACCACAACCACAAAAACAAUCCACUUCUUCUCAAUCUUAAAACCAAAUGUCAUCUCACUUCGUUCAUUCUCUCAUUCUUCUUCUUCUUCUUCAUUAUUUUCUCUAUCUCACAGAUACCCUUUUUCUCUACCUCCCUGCAAAUGUUCCUUCACUGCUCCUGUUUCCACUACAACCUACGAGUUUUCUGAUAAUGCUUCAGAGAUGGAGUUAAAGUUAAAUAUAGGAAGCAUGGAUAUAAGAAGCACAAAAGACAUAUUGGUUGAUGCAAACGAUACAUCUUUAACUAUCAAAGUGUUGCGGUCCGGAUCUCCCAUUACAUUGAUAGAAACUAAUCCUCUUUUUGACAGGAUUAAACCCUCUGAAACAAUAUGGUAUAUAGACGAUGAUCAACUUAUCGUGAAUUUCAAGAAACAUGACCCUGAGUUGAAAUGGCCUGAUAUCAUGCAAUCAUGGGAAUCACUUGCUGCUGGAUCAUCGCAGCUUUUGCAAGGAACUUCAAUUUAUCUUGUUGGUGAUUCAACUGAAAUCAACCAGAAAGUGGCUGAAGAGCUUGCUACUGGUCUCGGGUACACGCCACUUGGUACUAAAGAGUUGCUCGAAACUUAUUCCAACCAAACUGUGGAUUCAUGGCUACUUGCUGAAGGUUCUGAUUCGGUAGCCGAAGGCGAAGGUGCUAUACUUGAAAGCAUAAGUAGUCAUGUAAGGACAGUAGUUGCAACAUUAGGAGGUAAACAUGGUGCUGCUGGAAGAUCUGACAAAUGGCGACAUCUUUAUGCAGGAUUUACUGUCUGGUUGUCGCAGACUGAAGCAUCAGAUGAAGAUUCUGCAAGAGAGGAGACACACAGAAACGUCAAAGAUGGCGUAUCUGCAUACACGAAUGCAGAUGUGGUUGUCAAGCUACAGGGAUGGGAUCCUGCUUAUGCCAAAAGUGUGGCACAGGGAUGUUUGAGUGCCCUAAAACAGUUGAUCCUAUCUGACAAGAAACUUCCAGGUAAAAAAGGUCUAUACAUAAGACUGGGAUGUCGCGGUGAUUGGCCAAACAUCCAACCCCCUGGUUGGGAUCCGUCAAGGGAAGGUGGUGAAAUUCCUGGCACACAAUAAUGAUGCUUGUAAUAAUAAUGAAGGAACGAACGAAUGAAUAACAUCAAAUUUGUCAAUACAACUUUGUUAGUAAAUGUAAUGUAUGAGAAAUGUGGCAGGUUGUUUCAGAGACAGGUUUAUCUUCCAAUUUUUUUCAGCACCAAUAGGAAUUCUUGGUUGCAGUCCAA